UGUAGGCUAAGAAGGGUAUAAACAAUUUAGCGAACAGCUGAUACAAUGGCGCCACUGGACCUGGAUAAAUAUGAGGAGAUUGCCAAGCAGUGUAAAUAUUUACCUGAAAACGACCUCAAGAGGUUAUGUGACUAUGUAUGUGACCUAUUGCUGGAGGAAUCCAAUGUCCAGCCUGUGUCCACCCCAGUGACAGUGUGUGGGGAUAUACACGGGCAGUUUUAUGAUCUGUGUGAACUCUUCAGAACCGGAGGACAGGUCCCAGACACAAACUAUAUUUUCCUGGGUGAUUUUGUUGACCGGGGAUAUUACAGCUUGGAGACGCUCACAUACCUGCUGGUGUUAAAAGCAAAAUGGCCUGACCGCAUCACACUUUUAAGAGGAAACCACGAAAGCAGGCAGAUAACCCAAGUGUAUGGAUUUUAUGAUGAAUGCCAAACCAAAUAUGGAAAUGCAAAUGCCUGGCGCUACUGUACCAAAGUAUUUGAUAUGUUAACAGUUGCAGCGCUGAUGGAUGAGCAGAUUCUGUGUGUUCAUGGGGGCCUCUCUCCGGACAUAAAGACCCUGGACCAGAUCAGAACCAUUGAGCGUAACCAAGAGAUCCCCCACAAGGGAGCAUUCUGUGACCUUGUGUGGUCAGACCCCGAGGAUGUGGACACCUGGGCCAUCAGCCCCAGGGGAGCUGGGUGGCUGUUUGGUGCAAAGGUCACCAAUGAGCUUCAUCUGGAAUGCUUUUCCAACAGUCAUGAAGGAGUUCCCACAUAUGCUGAGCACUUGCUGGCUGCUUUUCCUUCACUCUGCAGUCCAAUUCAUCCCAAACCAUCUUAAUUGGGUUGAGGUCGGGUGAUUGUGGAGGCCAGGUCAUCUUAUGCAGCACUCCAUUACUCUCCUUCUUGGUCAAAUAGCCCUUACACACCCUGGAUGUGUGUUGGGUCAUUGUCCUGUUGAAAAACAAAUGAUAGUCCCAUUAAGCACAAACCAGAUGGGAUGGUGUAUCGCUGCAGAAUGCCGUGGUAGCCGUGCUGGUUAAGUGUGCCUUGAAUUCUAAAUAAAUCACUGACCGUGUCACCAGAAAAGUACCAUCACACUUCCUCCUCCAUGCUUCACGGUGGGAACCACACGUGCAGAGAUCAUCCCUUCACCUACUCUGCGUCUCACAAAGACACGACUGUUGGAACCAUAAAAUCUUAAAUUGGACUCAUCAGACCAAAGGACAGAUUUCCACCGGUCUAAUGUUCAUUGCUCGUGUUUCUUGGCCCAAGCAAGUCUCUUAUUCUUAUUGGUGUCCUUUAGUAGUGGUUUCUUUUCAGUUAGAGGUGCACUUAUCUCUAAUGAACUUAUCCUCUGCCGCAGAAGUAACUGGGUCUUCCUUUCCUGUGAUGGUCCCCAUUAUAGCCAGUUUCAUCAUAGUGCUUGGUGGUUUUUGCGACUGCACUUGAAGAAACCUUCAAAGUUCUUGAAAUUUUCCCUGAUUGACACAUUCAUGUUUUAAAGUAAUGAUGGACUGUAAUUUUUCUUAGCCCUAUUUGGUAAAAUAGCUCAAAUAAGCAAUCUUUCUGUAUACCACCCCUACCAUGUCACAACACAAUUGAUUGGCUCAAACGCAUUAAGAAGGAAGGAAAUUCCACAAAUUAUUUUAACAAGGCACACCUGUUAAAUGAAAUGCAUUCCAGGUGACUACCUCAUGAAGCUGGUUGAGAGAAUGCCAAGCGUGUGCAAAGCUGUCAUCCAGGCAAAGUGUGGCUACUUUGAAGAAUCUCAAAUAUAAAAUAUGUUUUGAUUUGUUUAACACUUUCUGGUUACUAUAUGAUUCCAUUUGUGUUUUUUCAAUGUAGAAAAUAGUAAAAAUUAAGAAAAACCCUUGAAUGAGUAGGUGUGUCCAAACUUUUGACUGGUACUGUACAUGAAAUGGGUAAUAGUAAUGUUUUUUUUUCUCACAUUCACAUUUAUCUCACUGUCUUUCUUUUUUCAUUAAUUAUCCCUCGAUGUGCAGUUUGCUCACAUCAACAACUUGAAGUUGAUCUGUCGGGCACACCAGUUAGUCCAUGAGGGUUACAAGUUUAUGUUUGAUGAGAAGCUGGUC